UCCUGCCUGUGACGUGACCUCUUGGAAGGCCGAUAAGUUGACACUCAUCAGGGACCUUAGUGGGCUAGCAGAGGGGGCAUACUAGGCUACAGCUGGUUCAAGAUCCACGACUGUUUAUGAACACCAGAGUUUGCACUUGCAGAACGGACAGUGACCGCUCUGACAGCCUGCAUCCUAGCCACUGGGCCGCAUAGAACGGCGCAACCCACAGGUUCUUGAACACACCCUAGAGUGGACGUUUUCUCGCGAUACGAGACUUGUUAUACCUUCAAUGUUUUUGUAUGGCUGAUGCUGAUACGGCUGCAGUGGUUAGCUAGUUAGCAGUUAGCAAGGUGGUCAAAAGUAGAAAUGGACUGAGAUAUGCCGAAUAAAAAUCAACACAAAAAGGUUCCAACGUUUUCCCGAGCCUUGCCAAAGCAAGGAUGUUCCCCGGCUUAGCCCACAGACCAUGGCAAGUCUUCUGCAGGGUUUACCUGCAUCAACGAGCCCCCCUGUCACAAUGGCCCCCCAGACUGGCCCGCCCUUGCUAUGGUGAGCAAUUCUUGGGUUGGCAAAAUGGUACCAGGCUACAAAAUGUGUGGCUCAGCUUUCCUGACUGCCGAGUGUCACCAUUUGCCUGGGCACAAGUCCAGUACUAUUCAACGACGGGCAGCGGUAAAGACGGACCUCCUGUGUCAUCAACUGACCCCCCUGUCACAGCAGAGAAGAUAGUGGCAGCAGCGGCAGCGGCGACAGCAGGAUCACAGCCGUCUCCUGAAGGCACAUCUUCAAAAGAUGGCGCUGAUGCUAAACCCCAAGGACUGACCAAAGCAGAGGCUAUCCAAGUAAAAGUCCGAGCCGUCCUGAAGAAGAGGGAGUAUGGGACUAAGUACACCCAGAACAACUUCAUCACCGCCGUCAGAGCCAUGAAUGAGUUCUGUCUGAAGCCCAGUGACCUGGAACAGCUACGGAAAAUCCGUCGCCGGAGUCCACACGACGACACAGAGGCUUUUACAGUCUUUCUGCGCUCAGAUGUGGAGGCAAAAGCUCUGGAUGUGUGGGGCAGUCCUGAGGCUCUUGCCCGAGAACGAAAUCUGCGGAAAGAAAUUGAGCAAGAGUACCAAGAGAAUAUCUUCAGAAAUCAGCAGCUGUUAAAGGAAUAUAAGGACUUCUGGGGCAACACUAAGCCUCGAUCAGGCAAGAGAGCCACAUUUCUACAGGGGCCAGGGAAGGUGGUUAUGGUAGCUAUAUGCAUAAAUGGACUGAACUUUUUCUUCAAGCUGCUUGCGUGGGUGUACACUGGAUCAGCCAGUAUGUUCUCCGAAGCCAUUCACUCAUUGGCCGACACAGCAAAUCAGGCUCUCUUAGCCAUUGGCAUCAGUCAGUCCGUGAGGAAUCCCGACGCUGUCCACCCGUAUGGGUUCUCCAACAUGCGUUACAUCGCCUCCCUUAUCAGCGGCGUGGGCAUUUUCAUGAUGGGCGCCGGCCUGUCCUGGUACCACGGCAUCAUGGGCCUCCUGCAUCCGCAGCCAAUCGAGUCCCUCCUUUGGGCGUACUGCAUUUUGGCAGGAUCCCUCGUUUCUGAAGGAGCGACGCUCCUGGUUGCCAUCAACGAGAUCAAAAAGAGUGCACAGCAGCAGCAAGUCUCCUUCUACGAGUACGUGAUGCAGAGCCGCGACCCCAGCACUAAUGUGGUGUUAUUAGAGGACGCGGCCGCUGUGAUUGGAGUGAUAAUGGCCGCCAGCUGCAUGGGUCUGACCUCCCUCACAGGUAAUCCGUACUACGACAGUCUGGGGUCUCUGGGCGUGGGCACCUUGCUGGGCGCCGUGUCGGCGUUCCUCAUCUACACCAACACCGAGGCCCUGCUGGGGCGCUCCAUCCAGGCUGAGCACGUGCAGAAGCUCACCGAGUUCUUGGAGAACGACCCCGCAGUAAGGGCGAUUCACGACGUGAAGGCCACCGACAUAGGCCUAAGCAAAGUGCGUUUCAAAGCGGAGGUGGACUUUGACGGGCGGGUGGUGACACGGUCCUACUUGGAGAAGCAGGACAUCGACCAGAUCUUGAAUGAUAUUCAGCAGGUGAAGACCCCAGAGGAGCUAGAAAACUUCAUGCUGAAGCAUGGGGAGAAUAUCAUCGACACACUCGGAGCUGAGGUGGACCGCCUGGAGAAGGAGCUUAAGCAACGGAACCCGGAGGUGCGGCACGUGGAUUUGGAGAUCCUAUAACUCUCACUUUUGGCAGGCGGAGAACACCCUAUAUAUAGGCAACCAGAAAGAAAGAGAGAGAGAAAGAGAGAGGAGGAAGAGGAGAGAGAGAAAGACAAGAGUGAAGGAAUCAGCGGGAGAUGAGGACUAAAAGGCAGGUGCUCCCCCCCCCCCCCAUCUCCCCCUAACCACCUCAUCUGAUGAAGUCUUACUGUGCUGUAUCAUUCAACAUAUUCCCUAAGUUCUAGUGACAAGCUUCAGGAGAGGGUUUCUUUUUUAUUCAGUUUUAUUUUUGUUUUGUUUUCCGCCGUUAUUUUCCUCUGCCAUUGUCAAGCAAGGGUCACGUGACAAUCAGCUCAACAUCUGAAUGUGCAUCCUCAGGCCACCUCUUGUGUCUAGGGUAACAGAGAGAGUGUGUGUGAGUGUGUGAGUGCGUGUGUGAACGUGGGUGUGUGCGUGCGCGCGCCUUGCAUACAUGCUGUGUGUGUGUGUGUGUGUGUGUGUGUGUGUGUGUGUGUGUGUGUGUGUGUGGUGAGCAGUCAGCAUGUGGUUGUGGAGACAUACUUGAGAAUAUCCAACAGUGUUGGAUACUGAUUCCACCUGCCAGUCUGCUGCAGAGAAAGAUCUACGAAUGCACUUGAGUUUCAGUUUAGGCUCUGGUUUGGCCGUUAAUGUGAAUCAGGCAGGUCCACACUGGAAUCAUGUCCUCAGACUCGUAAGCACUUGAAAGAAAGAAAGAAACAAACAAACACAAACAACCAGAGCACUUGUUGCCACAGACUCUCGCUCACCUCAUCCCUGUUCACUAGGGGUCUCCGCUCUGUUACAGUGUAUGGGUGUGAUGAGCUCUGCUGUAGCUGAACGGGACAUGAAAUAAGCAACCAAUGUAUGUGGAGCUUCAUCAAUGCUCUCGAAAAACAUAUUAGGAACAUUAGGAAAGCGUAUAGGAAAUCAUAAAUUUCAUUCUGUGUCAUAAUGAAUGGGUUUUGAUACAAAACAAGUUAGCCCCACCAAAUUAUUGUAAAGAAAGGUUGGGACUAAAGUUAUCACCAAUUAAUUACAGCAGUAGUGAUGUAGUUAAAACCAAGGACUAGGGUAAUAUUAUUUUUUUCCUUUUAAAAAGAAAGAAGAAGGCUUUUAAAUGUUCAUUGUUUAGGUUUCUGUGGAAAAGAGAGAAGUAACAGCUCUUGUAAAAAGCACUUGAAAUGUUGUUAACUCUGUGCAUGACAUUCUUCAAGACUUCCAAGUGAGUCUUGCGGUAUUAGUGAUGUCAUCCACAGCCAAAUAUCUUCAUGUACACAAAAUGUAAAAAUCCAAAGAUUACAACUGAAGAAAAACAAAAAAAGAAAUUGGAAUUUAUAUAGCAGGUUGUUUGUAACCUAAUAUUACGGUACCCUUCAUUAACACAGAUUACUGUUCAGUUACUAUGAGAACUUCUCCAUUCAACUGCAAUUUCAGACUGCUGAACCUUCAUCUAAAAUGUACUAAGUGACCUCAUGUAUGCCUGACAUUAAUAUCUCCAAACAUUUAACCAUUUCACAGGGUCCAUUCACUACAGUCAGUCAUAUUUCUUACUAAGCUACCUUUUACUAUUUAAGACUUCCUGUCCUCGCUAACAGUGGUGUUUUGGCGUAGAUUAAGUUAUUUGUCAGCAUUCAUCUGUCGGUUCUAAUGGCGAUGGCUUCACGGAGAGCGUUGUAUGAGGCGGCUGCUGAUUGCUGUGUAGGGUAGGGUUCCUGCUGUUCGAAACGUUUCGAACUCCUGCCUGCCACCAAAAUAAGUGUUUCUAUGGCCCGUUGUAAAUUUCUGCUGGGUUUUGUCAGUUUCAAGGUCUCAGUCCUAUCUCUCAUCAUGUUGAAUAUCAGACCUCAUAUUCAGUAACAAACAAGCAAAUCUUUGGACAAAAAAACAAACAAAAAAAAUCACUGUGUAUACUAAGGCAGUGUACACUUUAGCUGCAUUCUGUGUAUUGAUCAUUAUAUGGUCUGUGAAAAAAAAAAAUAGAUAUGCUUAGUCAACCCAUUGUAGACUAUAAUAACCAUGUAACGCAACAAACCCACUCUGUGACAGUCAAAUAUGCAUUCACUUGGUUUUUGUAUAUAUAAAACCCAAACUUACAAGUAACUCGUAUAGGCCCUCGGUCUGCAGUGAGGUAGAAAUUAAACAUGAUUGUGAGCAGAUAGGUUUGGGUGUGUGUGGACAUCCUGAACUGAAGGAUGCAAACCCUUCCUGCCUUAGUGGUGGGCUGAUAUUGUUUUGUUCAAGGAGGUCAUAAACUAUAGUACAUAUAUUUUUAAAGAUGUUUAUCAACAUUGUCAAAGAUUUCUCUUGGUUUGGAUCAGUGUAACUGUUGCAGAAGAUGAUUGAAUAAAUUGCAAUUAAUUUAUUAAACUGCA